AUGCCCCAAUGUAAAGACUGUCCGGAUGCCGCCUGCAGCUGCUGCUUGCUGGAGCUGCCGCCCCUUCCCUCGUGCUUGGGGCCAGCUGUGUGGACAAAUCGCGAGGUGCCACCGCAGGAUUGGGGCAUGACAGCCACCCAAUUCCGCGAGUUUCUGUCUGAAUGCCGACAGACCGCGCUGUGGCCGUGGAUAAAGGAGAUGCGGAAUGUCGUGACGUUAUAUGACAUUAUCCAGCAGCUUGUGAAGCCAUGGACUCGUGGCACGGGUUGUGGAAUUGCCCUGCUUAUGUCGGGCAACGUUGAUGAUCUCCCACACGUGGGCAGAAUUUUGACUGCAAUCCUGUCGAACUUGAGAUGGAAGGAGGACAUGGACGAGUGUGAGGAAGCUAUCGUGGACUAUUGCUUGGAAGUCACUUCCGGGCUCUCCACCAGCAUUUGGUUCUGCGGAUUUGCCCAAUACCAGGCAGGAGAUGAGCCUGGCGAUGUGGGGCCGAGCAUCAGUGAGCAGCUCAAGCUGGAUCCUUUCGGAUCUGUGAUUCGACACACGACUCCGGCUCUUGGUAUGGUGGUGGUUCACACAUCAUCUGCCCGAGUCUAUGAGCGUCUAUGGUGUGUGUAUGAGAUUGCAGAAGCCACGCGCCUCGAAUCCAAAGUUGGCAUCGCCUUCUCUGAGCGUUACCUGAAUCAGCGCCAGUCAUCUUUAGUCGAGCUGCUAAAAGCUCGGACUGACAGCGCCGUGUGCAGCAAUCCUGCCGAUGCCGAGAUGAUCCGGUCACGUAUUCAGGACCUGGGAGGCUUCCGUGCCCUGGACUGGAAGAUCUUCUCCUUCCGACUGCAAUCCCUUCGGGCUGUGCUGGCCAAGAAGGACCCAAAUUGGCAGGACAUGCUGGCUGAUGAGUUGCAACGUGCAGAAGAAGAGCUGAACAAUUGGUCCUUUGACUCCGCGGCAAAGUUUGCAAGGUUGAGCAGUCAAGCUGAGGUUGGCCUCGGCAUCACUGGUGUUGUGGUUGCGGCAGCAUUGAAAGCAACUUCGACAACAGAGGACAACUGGCCUGAGCCUGACGGAACCACCACUACCGCUGGAUUUGGCACAUCUGGUCACGGCUGGCCUGCACCGGCUCCACCGCCGCCGGAGGAUGAUUGGCCUGCACCGCCGCCACCGCCGCCACCACCGCCGCCGCCCAUGAGGCAGCAAGAGCCAUUGGGCGGAGUGAGUCCAAGCAUGGACACUCCCUUGCUAGUGACGCUGGUCAGCGUGUUAUUGCUGGGUGGCGUUUGCUUGCUGCUAGUCUGUGUGCUUGCGAUGCGGCGCUGCAGAGUUCCAGCUCGACGUACAGCGCAAGACAGUCCCUUGGAGAGGAGCCAACUCGACUGGGAGGAGAAACUCAAACUCGCCAAGGCUGAGACGGCAGAGAACGAUGGCAAAAGCACAGCCGAUGGCAAGGGUCCCACGCCGGCACUGCCGGCACCAAAGGUGGCCACGAUGGUCAUUGAAUCUGACUCGGACACGGAGAAGGGAAAGGCUCCAGCUCCGGCUCCCCCAACAGCGCCACCAGCGGCAGCACCCCCUGCUGCGGUGCCUCCACCUCCUGCCGCAGCUGCACCGGCGCAGGAAAAAGAAAAGUCAAAGAAAGAGAAGAAGGAAAAGAAAAAGAAAGCCAAGAGCUCUUCGUCGUCGGACAGCGACAGCGAUUCGGAUGCGCCGAAGAAGAAGCGAAGGAUCAACAACUUCAGCUCCCUGCGGAAUAUCGAGAAGGAACGAGCGGAGGUGCGCAAAAAUCGCAAUGCUGGCGCGGAUGCCGCGGCGGCAAUGCUGAAAGCGCUCAGCGACAACCCGUACUUUGUUUCGUUUUGCCAUCUUUGGGCUCAAACCGUAGGGCCUGUGGAGAGGGCAGAUGUGACAAGGCAGACUCGACCUGGUCAUUGCUGGCUUUGUGCCAUGCAGCCUCAGGCAUUCUUGACCUUUUUGCCAAUCUUCGUCAUUUUGCGCUACAAUCUGUUCGAAGAACCGCUGCCCAAGAAGGUUGUGCAGACACCGUCGGUGCUGCCCAGCCUCACUCCACAGUCACAGGCCACGAACGCCUGGCAAGCAGAGGGCAAGGCCGAUCCGGCGACGGACGCCCGGGGGGAGUGUGGCUUUGGAAACUGUCUGGCCGCUGUGCCAGCCUGCAUUCCAAAAGGCUCCAUGGCUGCUCUCUGCGAGCCUUCACAGGGCAAGCCGGGCAAUGUGAGCUGGUUGCAAGUGAACGAAACUUGGCCAACCAUGCCGCAGACAUGA